ACCCGCGGCCCGGCAGCAGGCGCGGAGCUUCGGGAAUCGUGAGCCUGGCCCCCGUCCCAGAGCUCCGCGGAGCCGGCGCCGCCACCGUCCCCCGCCCCCGCCAGCGAACCGCCGCCGCGGGCGCGCCCCCGCUCUGCGCUGUCUCCUAUGGCGUCCGCCUCCGGGGCCAUGGCGAAGCACGAGCAGAUCCUGGUCCUCGACCCUCCUUCAGACCUCAAAUUCAAAGGCCCCUUCACAGAUGUAGUCACUACAAAUCUUAAAUUGCAAAAUCCAUCGGAUAGAAAAGUAUGUUUCAAAGUGAAGACUACGGCACCUCGCCGGUACUGUGUGCGGCCCAACAGUGGAAUUAUUGACCCGGGGUCAAUUGUGACUGUUUCAGUAAUGCUGCAGCCCUUUGAUUAUGAUCCAAAUGAGAAGAGUAAACAUAAGUUCAUGGUACAGACAAUUUUUGCUCCACCAAACAUUUCAGAUAUGGAAGCUGUGUGGAAAGAGGCAAAACCUGAUGAAUUAAUGGAUUCUAAAUUGAGAUGUGUGUUUGAAAUGCCAAGUGAAAAUGAUAAGCUGGGUAAAACUCCACCAGGGACUGCUUCAACUGUCACUUCCAUGAGCAGCAUCAGCAGUACAGUUGCAACACCUGGCAGUUAUCACUUGAAGAAUGAUCCCAGGGAACUAAAAGAGAUGAAGCAGAAUGAUAUGGAACCUAGCAAAGCUGUCCCACUGAAUGCAGCCAAACAAGACGGACCCCUGCCCAAACCACAUAGUGUCUCGCUCAACGAUACAGAGACAAGGAAGCUGAUGGAAGAGUGCAAGCGACUUCAGGGAGAGAUGAUGAAGCUCUCAGAAGAAAACCGACACCUGAGAGAUGAAGGCCUAAGGCUCAGAAAGAUAGCACAUUCGGAUAAACCUGGAUCCACCCCAGCUGUGUCCUUCAGAGAGAACGUUACCAGUCCUCUUCCUUCUCUUCUGGUUGUAAUUGCGGCCAUUUUCAUUGGGUUCUUUCUAGGGAAGUUCAUCUUGUAGAGUGAAGCAUGCACAGUGCUGUUUCUUUUUUCUCUCGACCAGAAAAAGAUUUGUUUACCUACCAUUUCAUUGGUAGUGUGGCCGCGGUCACCAUGGCCACGGCCACCAUUUUUUUUUGUGUGUGUACAGCGUCAUAUAGGCUUUGCCUUUAAUGAUCUCUUACGGUUAGAAAACAAUAAAAACAAACUGUUCGGCUACUGGACAAAUUGUAUAUUAUCAGAUCAUCACUAGCAGAUGUCAGUUGCACAUUCAGUCCUUUAUGAAAUUCAUAAAUAAAGAAUUGUUCUUUCUUUGUGGUUUUAAUAAGAGUUCAAGAAUUGUUCAGUCUUGUAAAUGUUAUUUUAAUAAUCCCUUUAAAUUUUAUCUGUUGCUGUUACCUCUUGAAAUAUGAUUUAUUUAGAUUGCUAAUCCCACUCAUUCAGGAAAUGCCAAGAGGUUUUCUGUGGGGGAAAUGGUGCCUCUUACUGUGUAAAUUUUCUCCUUUACCUUUGCUAAUAUCAUGGCAGAAUUUUUCUUAUCCCUUGUGAGGCAGUUUGUUGACUGAGUUUUUCAUCCUUACAAUCCUGUCCCAUGGUAUUUAACAUAAAAAAAAAAUAAAACUGUUAACAGAUUCUUGCUCGAUA